AUGCAUAAUAGACAAGAAGAGCCCUUGGGUGAUCUUAAUCUUAAUACUCCUGCUAGGGUCUAUGGGAGUGAUCAGGGGAAAUCAAUUAUAUGUAAAGAUGGUCUUGAUAAGGAGAAUGAAUUGACAAGAAGAAGUUCCCCCUCUAUGGUGGGUCAAGUUUGCACUGGAGAGCGAUUAGAUUCUUUGUUUAAUGUUAUAUUAAAUCAGACUAAGAAGUUGUCAAUGGAGAUGAAUACGUUGCAUGAGAUUGUGAUAGAGUUAUAUGGUGGAUUAAAACAGAUUCAUGCUAGGAAUCAGUUGGAUUUAUUGGUGAAGCAACAUUUAGCUCUAAUAGUGAGGUUGCUUAAUAACAACGAUUUGUCCAGCGCAGAGAGGCAUAUUAUUAGUCUGCACAAUCAGAACAAUGUAAUCAAACUUAAAAACCUUCAUGAUAUAUUACUAGCUGAUUUCACAGGUUCUAACGAUACUUAUAUAUCUACAUUGAAGAUACUUUCUAUGCAAAUAAUAUUAAAAUCAAAAUCUUCACAGCAGUACAGAAAUACUUUGGCGGAAAUGUUUGCAAACGAUAACAGAUAUUUACUUAAAGAUGAAAAGUUGAAGAUACAGACAGUUAUGAAACUAUUAUUAAAUUUUUUUACUACAAUACCUAAUUACAAAAUAUUAUUCGGUUUAAAAUUUCUCCAAUACAUCAAUCAAUUCAAACUACCAUUUGAAAACUAUAUCAAGAAUAUGUCUCCAGAUAUAUUUUCAUCCCAACUAAUGCAUCAUUCUAAGACGAACAUUAAACAUUGUAAGAGGUACUUAAAUGCAUUUUAUAUACAAUACUCAAUUCAAAAUAAAAGCAUAAAGAAAUUAAUGAUGUUGGAUCUACUUGGAGAAAACUCAUUAGAAAAAAACAAUAAAGUACAUUCAAGUGAAUUUUUUGAAUUAGGCUCAGUACCCAAUAAAAAUGAUAAAUAUAUAUGUUCACCACAAACUCAUUUUGAAAAGCUAAUAAAAUCUUCGAUAGCAACUUUGAAUAAUAAUGAUGAACAGAUGCAUCUGGAUACACUCAACUCAUUGGUAGUUCUUUGGAAUUUAAUUAGAAACGAAGGUCUACAGAAAAAUACAAUGAUAUCCUCUUUAAUAGAUAAGACAUUAUCUUUUCUAAAUACAAAGGCGAAAUAUUUGAAAUCGAGUCCAGAGCAGAUUUUAACACUUUCAAACACAGUCGCUCAGUAUUGUGUAGAUCAUUGCGACUUUAAAAGAUUACAUAAUGUGAUUAUUGUUUUAUUCAAUAGCUCAGUAAUUUUAGGAGAUGAUCAGCUAUUAGAAUUGGCUGCAGAUUUGGAGUUAUUGAAAUAUAAUAUUGAAAAAGAUUUUGGUUGUGUUGAAGCUCUCUUCAAAAUGUUCGGAAAGUUUAUAUCCAAUAUCAAAGAUAUACAAGAAAGAAAGAAGUAUUUUUCAAAGUUAUUUAACAUCCACAUUCUGUUUAAAGAAAAUUCAUUCUCCAAAAUACAAGAAUUUUGUGAGGGUGCAUAUUUACGCAUAUUUGGAAAACUGAAAAUAUCCAAUUUCUACAAAUUUGAAGAUUCAUCUGAGGUAAUGUUGGUACUUCUUUAUGGAAGUUCGUCCAUUAAAGACAUGCCAUUACUCAGAUGGUCUAAUAUUACAAGAUUAUUAUAUUCAUGCUUAUCAGGUAAUUUUGGUACCCACAUUACCCAGAUUAAUGAACAGUUACAC